UUGUCAUAUGUCCAAAUUUUUAACUAUGUAUGUAUAACUUGAUGCCGCGUCAAAGAUAGAAAUAACUGAGUUGUACAAGUAAAAUGUGAAUUAUACAGAAAGAAGAAUUGUAAAAAUAUCCAAGAAGUUUUGUUAAAAUGUACUCUAUAAAAACACCCACUUUAAGAAUCGAUGAAGCUGAUCUUAAAUGUAAAAAUGGUUGUGGAUUUUAUGGAAAUGCCGAAUGGGAAGGUUAUUGUAGCAAAUGUUAUCGAGAGUAUUUACAAAAACAAAGAUCAGAAACAGAAUGUAAUGUUUGCGGACAGAGUGCCUCUUCUAACAAGAAUGCAAUUAGUGCACAUCAAAAAUAUGAGGAAAAGAAAGUACAACAAGAGAAAAAGUAUAAGUUAUUAAAUAUAUCUUUUCGUAAACCAGUUGCAAAAGUACAGGGGUACCAAGAAUUACUUCAUGAAUUAACAAAAGAUAAUCCUGAUCUUGAAAAAGUAAAAGCUGACAACCGCGACCUAAUAGGUAUAAUUGCUAAAACACCGGUAGAAAAAGAUGUUAGAAAGUGUAUGCACUCAUUUAUAAUUGAGAUACUGCAGAAUAAAGAUGUGAAGAGAAUAGAGGAACUUUCAGAGAUUACACAAACUUUUUAUCAAGUAUUUGCUAAACGUUUAGAAAAUAGUGUUAAAUAUGCAGAUAUAUCGCCAGAAGUUAAAGAAAAAUUAUUAGAUUAUGUAGAAAGAUAUGCAAUGACUUUGCUCUACAGAAUUCUGUUUUGUCCACCUUUUACAAACGACGAAGAAAAAGAUUUGGCAAUACAGAAGAGAAUUCGGCAAUUGAACUGGGUUAGUGGAAAAAAUUUGGAAUGUCGAAUACAUGAAACCAGUUCUGAAGUUAGAGAACUUGUUUAUACUUCCAUAACUGAUUUAUUAAAUAUGGAUUCCGCAAAAGCUCCACAAGAAAAGCUUUCUUGCGUUAUUUAUUGUUGUCGAAAUAUAUUUGUAAUGUUACAACAAUCUGUUGGUGGGCCUGCAUCUGCAGAUGAAUUCCUUCCUGCCUUAAUUUUCAUUGUUCUAAAAGCUAAUCCUGCUCGUCUUAAAAGUAACAUCAAUUUCAUUACUAGGUUCUGUAAUGCAAGCAGGUUAAUGACAGGGGAAGGUGGAUAUUACUUCACAAAUCUGUGUUGUGCUGUAUCUUUUAUUGAAAAUUUGACAGCUGAAUCAUUAAAUAUGGACGAAAAAGAUUUUAAUGCUUAUAUGUCCGGAGAACGUGUACCUGCUAAUACAUGGGAAUCUGCUUUAAUGAUAUGUGAAAGUCUGCACUUAAUGUGCGAAGAUAUAACCCUCCUUGAUGAAAUGAAAGCCAAAACUGCAGAAAUAAUGACUGAAGCAUUAAACUUAAAAGAAAAGAUGUUACAAUUUCAGGAUGAAAUGAAGUCAGAAGUGAACACGGUUUUAGACAGAACUCCAUUGUUAAUUACACAUAGCCAAAGAUUGCCUACUAAUUUAGAUUGCGAAGAUAUUGAAAGUUAUCAGUUACCACCUCCAAUUAUUCCACAAGUCUGCCCUGCCACAAUUAAUAAUUCCACACCACAAAACGACGUGAGAACUUCUUUAAUAGAAGAUUGUAUUACACCAUCUCCCACUUUUGAUUUUCCUUCUUUCAUUGGUGAUGACAGUUUCGAUGUAAGCAAAGCAGAGGAUGAAACGAGUCUUAUAAGUUUGGAUACACAAAGUGAUUUUGACACACAACAGGACAAAUCUACAAAUGAACUACUAGCAUCUACCCAUUUGAAUUUACCAUGUUCUACAGAAUCAGAACAAGAAGAUUAUCACGGUUUCACUGUUCAAGGUUCAAAUAUACCUACAAUACCUUGUAGUACUGGUGACUUAUCUUUGAAUACUACAGAAAUGGAAUGUGAAAAUUAUACAAGUUAUUUUCAUAAUGUAUAAAACAGAUAUAUUUUAGUUGAAGUUUUAGAAACUGUUGCUUAAUUAUUAUAAAUAGAUUAUGCAAUAUUACACAGUCCAAUACAAAUUUUUAUUUUGCGUUAUCCUUCAGAUGGUUUUUACAAUCGGAAUUACUUUAUUACUCUCAGUUUUAAAAAAAUACGAGUUCCCAUAAAAGCACAUAACGUUGAGCAAAAAUGAAUAGAAUACACACAAACACACACAAUGUAAAUUACUUAAUUAUUUUAAUCCUACAGAUUUGUUCUAAUAAAAUAUGGAGAAAAGUUUUUAUCAAAA